CCGCCCCCGCCGCCCGGCCCUUGAUCCAAUUAACGGGAGUGGGCUCUGCCCAGGCAGGUGGGGUCGGAGGAGGGUGCCGAGAGGGCAGCGCCGGUUCCUGUCGUCGUUCCACCCUGCCUCCACACUGGGAAGGGCCUGCAGCCGUGGGUGGUGAGACAGAAUGGCUCCAGUGAACCAGCCAAAGGACAAGAAGCGUGAGAGGGCAUGUCAGCAUUGGCCAGAGGAGGCAAAAUCAGCUGGGAAGAAGAAACGGGACUAUGGAGAACGAGGGAAUGAGAAACAAGAAAAGAAGUUGUUUGUGAGAAAAACAUCUAAACCCUCAGGGAAAAUCGGUUCUUACCACCUCCCAUGGCAUCUUUCCAAGUAGCUGGGUCUUUGGAUAGCAGCAUUGCAUUUUGGAUAUGGAGCAUUGAAAUUGUAUGUUGUCCAAGAGGUGCACCACCCACCUGUGGCAUUGCUUUAGUCCUUUCCUGUUAUCUUGGAUAACUCUAUGGGAAAGGGAAGGAAGGUUUAACAAGAGGAAAUAUACAGAAAUCUCUGGUGGCCUGUGGGAUGCACUGGACUCCAUAAUUGCAGAAGCUGCUACACCCUAGAUGUGUUGCAGUGGAGGUGGGUUUGUGAUGAGAAACAAGAGAGUCCUUUCCUCUCAGCUGGAGCGGCGAUGCAGCAUUGUUCAUUAUGUCUACCAGAAAAUGCUGGGAGGCUCCAUUCAGGCACAGCUCAGGCAGAGAUUGGAGCUGGCUUUUCUGCGUUCUCUUUCCUCAUACUGCCUCUUUCGAAGAGCAAGUCCCUUUGACAGGAGAGUGACAUGUCUGGAAUGGCACCCAACACACCCCAGUACGCUAGCUGUUGGUUCCAAAGGUGGAGACAUCAUCCUUUGGGAUUGUGAAGUACUUGCUAAAACCUGCUUCAUAAAGGGGAAAGGGCCAGGAGAUUCUCUCGGAGACAUCAAGUUCAGUCCUUAUGAGGCAGAGAAGCUUUAUGUGGCAUCAGGUGAUGGCACCCUAAGUCUGCAGGAUCUUGAGGGCAGAGCGGUGCAGGUGAUCUCUCGUGCCCUGGACUGUGGCCAUGAGCAUCAUAAUGUUUGUUGCUGGUACUGCAGUGUGGACGUUUCUGCAAGCUGGAAUACCGUGGUGACAGGUGAUAAUGUGGGCAAUGUGGUCCUGCUCAGCACUUCUGGUGAAGAGAUCUGGAAGCUGAAAUUGCACAAGAAGAAAGUGACUCAUGUAGAGUUUAACUCCCGAUGUGAGUGGAUGUUUGCCACAGCAUCCGUGGAUCAGACAGUCAAAAUCUGGGACCUCAGAAACAUCAAAAACAAAACAAACUUUCUUCAUCUGCUUCCACAUGAGAAACCUGUCAAUGCAGCUUACUUCAGCCCAACACAUGGUGCUAAGCUUCUGAGCACAGACCAGCACAAUGAAAUCAGGGUUUACUCAUCCUCAGACUGGACCAAGCCACAGCAUCUGAUUCCACAUCCACAUAGGCAGUUUCAGCACCUCACACCUAUUAAGGCGACGUGGCAUCCUCGCUAUGAGCUCAUCGUGGUAGGUCGCUACCCAGACCCCAAGUUCCCCGGGUACACGCUGAACGAGCUGCGCACCGUGGAUGUGUUCGAUGGGAACACCGGCGACAUGGUGUGUCAGCUCUACGAUCCAAACGCUUCGGGCAUCAUCUCGCUCAAUAAAUUUAACCCUAUGGGAGACACACUGGCUUCUGGCAUGGGCUUUAAUAUUCUGAUCUGGAACCAGGAGGAGAUGGCAGCCAAGAAGCAUGAACUUCUCUUGAAAGCCAUGACAAACGAGGAGAUUGAACCAUGAGAGAAUAGGGGAUUGGAAGCUGGAGUUCAUCCAGACAUGGAGGGCAGAGGCAGGCAAACCCUGACACUAGCAAACCCAAAAGCUAAGUUAAUGUCUGGGGAGCUGCAGGAGAUGAAAACAAAAAGCAGUGAUUCUAAACCACAGGGAAGGAAGUAAAAAUAGAUGGAUCUAGAGAACUGCUUUAGUAUUUUGAUCCUUUCUGAAUCCCAGCAUACAAAUUGUUGGCAAUGGGAGUAUUAAGCUGUGGAAUUAGACUUUGUCCUUCCUCCCCGGAUCUGAUGUUGCUUCCCUGAUCCUCUUGGCCUCCCUUUCUAGAAAGUUAUGUCAGUACUUGGUUCCUCCAAGUGGAGUUACUACUCAUUUUCUGAGGCACUAGGAGAACUUCAAAGAUGUUCCCAGAUCUUGCUGAAGUUACUGCUUUCAGCCUACCAUAUCUGUUUGUCAUCACUUGUCACAGGUUCCCAUUUCCUGUAGUCUGCAGUGGAGCAGCUUAUGACAGGGGGUCUCCAGCUUGUUCUAGUCCAACCAAGCUGAGAAACCAUUUGCUAAUAGGAUUGACAUCCUGAAAAGAUAGAAUGUUCACAGGGGUGAAUUCAUGGAUAGCUUGGGUAUCCUAGGAAACACCAAGCUUUCCCAUAUGCAAGCUUGGAAAAUGUGUUGGUCAAAACAUCAGGCUUAGCCUGUUCUCUGCUUGCAGCUGAACCACAAAGAAUGGGAUGCCAGAGGUCUCUAUCAUUGAUUGCAAGGACAGUAUGGAGCUGGGCACCUACUGAUUCUGUAGUUUCUAUUUUCAGAGUUCUGAGCUGUUUCCUGCCAAUGAUUAGGCAUUUUUUUAACCUAUGCCUAUGUGCUUCAGAAUGUUUGGUAAGAGUGUUAUAAAACAAAUGAGGGAUUUCUUCCAAAUACCCCUGCUCAGAGCCAAAUCUCAAGACUGUUGUUAAAGGGUUAAGUUUUGCUUUUUCUACUUUGUUUACAAGGCUGCUGCUGUCUCAGAGGUUGAUGGGAUGGGCUCCAGGCCUGUGCAGGUUCUUCACAUUCACGUUUAUAGUUUUGCAAUAUUAAUAUCAAUAAAAUUUUAUACUAAACUAAAA